ACUUCAGACAAGUUCUUACUCAAGCCGUCAGCCUCGGUAUGAUUGUUACGUCAGCACUUAUUAUAUGGAAAGGGUUGAUGUGUAUUACUGGGAGUGAGUCACCUGUAGUUGUUGUGCUCUCUGGAAGUAUGGAGCCUGGUUUCAAAAGGGGUGACAUCUUGUUCUUGCACAUGAGUAAGGAUCCUAUUCGAGCUGGAGAAAUUGUUGUGUUUAAUGUUGAUGGACGUGAAAUUCCUAUUGUCCACCGGGUUAUCAAGGUUCAUGAGCGCCAAGAUACUGGAGAAGUAGAUGUUCUGACAAAAGGAGAUAAUAAUUUUGGGGAUGACCGACUUCUGUAUGCUCACGGUCAGCUCUGGCUGCAAAGACAUCAUAUCAUGGGAAGAGCUGUUGGAUUUUUGCCUUACGUGGGUUGGGUGACUAUAAUCAUGACUGAAAAGCCUAUCAUCAAGUACAUACUGAUAGGUGCUUUGGGAUUGCUGGUGAUUACUUCUAAAGAAUAGGGUUGAGGUGUGCCCGACUUUGUGUUGCUGAACUUACUAUAGAGGAAUACAGAGAAACUAUUGGGAAAACUUCACAUCUCAUCUCUGAUUGUGUACUAGUGUACUCCAGAGGGAGUAGAAUUUAGUAUUAACUGGAACAUGUUCAGUGUUGUGUAGACUGUACUCUAUUUUUGCAACUUCGUUGGGCCAAAGAUAUCUUUACCAUUAUGCACCGUCUUCUUAAAAAGAACAGAAACAACACAGAAAAAUUCAAUUCCUUCACUUGCCUGAUUUGGCAAUACU